CUUGCAUAACAAUACAAUCAAACAAAACAGGGCUUCUCAACCAUCCCCUUUGCACAGCGAUACACAGAGGCUGUGUACUCAGUGCCCAAAAUGCGUCGCGUAACCCGAUCCAACGUGUCGCCGACGGCUUCGGAGGCAACGACUUCCUCGAAGCGCAAGCACCGAAGCGAUCGCCGCGAGAGCACUCCGCCCCCUCCAACCAACCCUGCCAAGCGUCCGCGCGCCUCAACUGCAAGAGACUCGCUACCGAAGCGGAGGUCCGACUCUGGCAUCAGCAUAGUGGCGUUGUCUCAGACACCAGAGCCUGAACCGCCGAAGCCUAAGCCGAAGCAGAUGGCGCGGAGGUCCGGCGGCGCUCUACCGAAGCGCAAGAUGGCUGUGGAAAUCCCAACGAAGCCAGCCCCAGUCACGGCGAGGACCAGGCGGUCGGUUCGGCUCGACGAUGACGACUUUAUCGAGGCUGUCGUUGUCGAAAAUGGCUCCGAGGAUGAGGAGGAGGAAGACGACCAGGAAGGAGGAGGAGGCGGAGGGGGACCUGGUCCCCAGACUGCGAUUAAACGGCGCGCGGAACGCGCCGAUGCUGCUCUCGGCCCCGUUCCUCAGCCUUCCCCGCGCGUGUUCAGGUCCCUGUUCUUAGGCUCAAAGUCGGCUUCCUCCGCACCUCAAAGAGAUCGCCCGCGUACAUCGAGUGCCCCGCGUCCGAAAGACGUCGGCACGAAGAUUCUCGCACCACCCAACAAAUCCCGCCGCGGCGGAUCAACGGAAGACAUUGGCGACUUUUCAAGUCCUACAGGAGGAAAUUAUCAUGAAGAGCCAUUGAACGUCGACCCAGGCGCCUGGGUUCAUGCGUCACAGCUUUCUGAUGAUGACGCCGAGUCGGAACGGUCCCCUGUGCAAGGAUCAGAACGCCAUCCAUGUCGCUGGAGCAUGUGCGAAGAGGUCCUCGAUUCUGCGGCGGAUCUCAGUCGUCACAUUCGGCAGCAUGCCGAUCUCGUGUUUCCUGAAGCAGAGUCCAAGGCGGACGUCACCCUCAAGGCCAAGCUGUCAAGUAGUGAAGCCAAGGUCGAGGAGCUGGAGGAGAGGCUUGCCAGCAGCGCUAAAGACGUUGCGGACCGCGACGAGAAGAUCACAUCGCUCGAGAGCCGCAUCCAAGAGAUCGAGGAGCAGCUGAAGGAAGCAUUCAUCUCCCCUCCUGUCGUUGACGGGCCUCCCGACUCGAUUGAGGCCCAGUUUCAGGAGAGAGACGCGACGAUUGUCGACUUGCGCCGGCGCCUCAAGGAAACCAAGUCGAACCUCAAGAGACACAAGGAGGACCUCGGCUUCUUCCGCGAUCAGUACGACCAGGCGUCGACCCGAGCGGUCGAGGAGGUUCGCAAGGCAACCGAGCUUCAGCAGCAGGUGAACCUGCUGCGUGAGCAACUCAGCGUCGGCCUGAAGCAGCGUGAUCUCCACCACGCGGCCGUGGCCAAGCAGAGCAAGGCAGCGGCGGACAGGGCACAAAAACAGGUCAACCUCCUCCUUGAGCAAUCGCGAAGGACAGACGACAAUGUUCGUCGCAAGGCUGCCGAUCACGGGAAGCUUGCAGACCGCAAUCGCGAUCUGGAAUCGGAUCUCCACGAGGCACGAAGCAAGGCCGAUUCGUUGUCGAAACGCAACCAAGAGUUGUCGGAACGUGUGUCAAUGCUGCAGGGCAAGCUACUCGGCGCGUUUGACCCUGUCGAGGAGUCUGAGCCAGAGGCCGACUACACUGAUGACGACGAUGAGAGUGAAUCCCUUGCGCCACCAUCGGUCCCCCACGUUGUGCCGCCACUGCCAGCAUUUGCCCCCGACGAUAAGCCAACGCCACCCGCGGCAGCCAUCGCCACACUAGCGGAAGGAGGAAUCGAGGCUUUUCGAUGCAAAUGGGCCGACGAUGGUGUGCGCUGUCUCGAGAUCUUCCACGCGUUGGAUGAAUUGCAAGUUCACGGCAUUGGACAUAUUCACAAGCUGGCGACAGAAGCGGCAUAGAGGGGUGACCGAAGGGGCGUUCAGCUGAGAGAGGAGCGUCGUACGAACGCGACGGAUCGUCUCCAUCGCAUAUUGUGGUACAGUCUUCGACACAUACUGAGCGCAUGGUACUGUUGUAUGUGAUUCGUGGUGGCCAGCAGUGGUUCAUGG